AUGGAGGAGGCAACACCUGACCCUGCCUUUAUUGAUGUGGACCAGGGACUAACUUUAGCAUGCAUUGCCUUCCUGUGUCUCCUGCUGGUAGCCAUGAUUAUCCGCUGUGCCAAGGUUAUUAUGGACCCCUACAGUGCCAUUCCAACCUCCACCUGGGAGGAACAGCACCUGGACGACUAGCAAAGAGUUCCCAGCUCCACCUGGGUGGGGAAGCACCUGUUUUCCACCUGAGA